AUGGCCCGGAUGUCUUUAGACCACUCUGCUGGUGGCUCUAUACAUAUGAGGAAAACAAUUAAAGAGGCUCACGAGCUUACUGAGACAUUUGCCACAAACCAGCAUCUGUACUCAACUACUGAGACUUCUAUGACAGGAGAGGUGAAGGCAAUAUCUACUGAGCCUAACCCUCCAGAACAGGAUGGCCCAUUAACUCAGCAACUACACGCCCUUGCCCAGCAACUACUGGAAUUGCAAGAGGCUUUGAGAGAAACUCAGGCUUCUAACAAGAAUGUAGAAGCCCAAUUGAGUCAAGCAAGGCAGCAGUUAUCUAAGCAGAUAACAGAAGAGUGUCAGGCCAUUCAACUGAGGAAUGGGAAAUCAUUAAACACCCAACCUCAGUGUAACAAGAGAUCAAGGGAAGAAAAGCUAACAGAGGGAUACCAAACUGCUAAACUCCGUCAAGCGGAAAAAGAUAAACAGUUUGUCCGCUUUGCGGAUUAUCUCAGAACAUUAGAGAUCAAUAUCCCUUUUGCAGAGACUCUUGAACAGAUACAUUCUUGUGCUAUGUUCAUGAAGGACAUCUUCAGUCAUAAGAAGGAUUGGAGAGAGGCAGAAAUAGUCCUCCUCAUUGAAGAAUGCAAUGCAGUCAUUCAAAAGAACUUACCAGAGAAACUUAAGGAUCCUGGCAGCUUUAUGAUACCAUACACCUUGGGAGAUGCCUGCACAAAGAGAGCCCUAUGCAAUCUUGGGGCAAGCAUUAACCCCAUACCUAUAUCACUCAUAAAGAAGCUUUGUCUAACUCACGAAGUUAAACCAACCCGCAUAUGUCUCUAA